GAUCAAAAUGAUAUAUAAAAUGAGGUAUUGCAUAGGAUCGGUCAUUCAGCUUGGCUAGAGUAGACCUAGUAAGAACUUAAUAGUAUUCAACGUGAAUUAAUUUGGAUACAGAAUCCACAAUCAAUACACCGAUACCAGACAUGGAGAACUCGUUCUGGGAGACUUUGUGCAUGAAGGAAGAAAUGAUAAUGCAUGACAAUGUCACAUUUAACAAUGACGUAAAUACAACAAUACUACAAAGCUACAAUUCCAUGAAUCUCCAAGAAAUCGUUACAGAGGACCAGUUCAUCCUGGAGACGUCGGACGUUGUCAAUGUGCUGUUGGCUGUAGUCAGUUUGUUCAUCUUCUGUUUCCUCACAAAAUUAUCACAUCGAAAACAAGAUGACGAUCAGAACAAAUCUAAAAAGCAACAGGCGGAUCCAACUUCUGGAACAGCUGAUUACCCAGUUAAUGAGGAUGGAGUAUCCUUGUUCUCCAGGCUUACAUACUAUUGGGUACAUCCACUGCUGAAGAAAGGAAAUAAAACGGCCAGUCUCUCAUCUGAGGACAUGUUCCAUUUGCCAAACAGUCUUAACGUAAAGAAAGUACAAGAGGCGUUCUCUAACAGAUUCCAACCAGAGGACGAUCUUAGUACAAAGGCAGAUCAGAAAAAGCCUACCUUACUUCAGGCGUUAUUCAAAGCCUACAGACUGAAUUUCUUUCUGUAUUGUGGUAUCUUAGAGUUGACUGCGCAACUGAUUAACUUCACAGCUCCCAUAUCUCUUGGAUUGCUGAUUUCGUUUUUCGAAAAUGGAGAGGAACCAUCACACAACGGAUAUCGCUAUGCAUUUUUAUUAUUUUUGUCCAGCUUUGGAAAAGCUCUUCUAGAGAGUAGAUUUCACUUCAUACGUAUGCAUGUUUUUUUCAAAGUAAGAAUUUCCAUUAUGACAGCAAUAUAUAAGAAAGCAUUACAUAUAAGUACUGUGUCAUUAUCAAAGUUCAGCACUGGUGAAAUUGUCAAUUUCCUUGGGACUGAUACCGAUCGAAUGAUGCGAUUUUGCCAUUGUUUCCAUGCCCUAUGGAGUCUUCCAUUUGAAACAAUUAUUUGCAUGUAUAUCCUGUAUCAACUGGUUGGGAUUGCCAUGUUUGGAGGGCUGAUUAUUGCUUUGGUGCUUGUCCCUGUCAACAAGAUAAUAUCAUCGAAACAGAUUGCUCUUGGAAAGGUGCUUAUGGAACAGAAAGACAAGAGAACGAAGUUGAUGAACGAGGUGUUGGGCGGAAUAAAGAUAAUCAAGCUUUACACUUGGGAAGAUCACUUCCAGAAGAUGAUUGAGAAACUUCGUGACGCUGAGUUACAGAUCAUCAAACAGAGAAAAGUUCUUGGAGCCAUCACCGGAUAUUUGUGGACUCUGACCCCUAUCUUUAUGACUGUACUGACUUUCAGCGCCUACUCGAUGAUGGGAAAUACCCUAACCGCCGCUAAGAUGUUUGCGAGUCUCGCACUGUUUCUUAAACUCCUAGGAUCACUCACAUCUCCCUGGGUCUUCAAUGGCAUAAUGGAAGCAAUCAUUUCCCUCGGAAGGAUUGAAAAGUUCAUGGCAUUGAAAGAUAUUGACCUCAAAAGUUAUUACGCACAAUUGCAAGAAUCGCCGGAAAGCAGAAAUGUGAUAUCGGUGAACACAGGAAAGUUUACAUGGGAAGGUGAGAAGCUAAAAAGCAAUGAGCAAAAUGAAAAUAUGACUGAGUCUACAAGCAGGCCAGCGAAGACAACCACUACAUCAGGAACCCUUUGUCUGCGAGAUAUUUCUGUCGAUAUCAAAGAGGGCCAGUUUAUAGGAGUGAUUGGCAAAGUUGGUUCUGGGAAAAGUUCCUUCUUGAACGCUAUCCUUGCGGAGAUGUCUCGAAAAGAAGGCGAGAUUUCCGUGUCUAAUCUCAGAAAUGGAUUUGCUCUGGCGGAUCAGGAGCCUUGGAUACAACAAGCUACCGUCCGGGAUAACGUUACAUUUGGCAGUCCAUUUAGCGCUAAGAAAUACGCCGAAGUUCUUGAUGCAGCAUCUCUCAAGAAAGACAUUGAGAUGUUACCGGCUGGCGACAAAACAGAAGUUGGCGAGAAUGGCGUUACAUUGAGUGGAGGCCAGAAAGCCAGACUCGCUUUAGCGAGGGCAUUAUAUCAGGAUAAGGACGUAUACCUCCUUGACGAUCCUUUAGCAGCAGUGGAUGCUCAUGUGGCACAACAAAUGUAUGACAAGUGCAUCAUGGGAUUACUAAAAAACAAGACAAGGAUCCUAUGUACACAUCACACGCAUUUCCUUGGAGAGGCAGAUCUGGUCAUUGUCAUGGAUGAUGGAGUAAUCUCCAAAAUGGGUCCCCCAUCUGAGGUACUUCCGAAUAUAAAAUUUGCGGAACGGAAAUCAUCGGAAAAAGAAUACGUGGAAGUAGAACACAAUGACAAAAGCGACAAGGACGGGAAACUUGGUGAAGAGGCCAAGGCUACAGGAGAAGUGAAGUUAGGAGUGUACAAAGCAUACCUGACAGCGUUAGGUAAAUGGCUCGCCAUCACCAUGGUUAUGUCCAUCGUCUUCAUGCAAGUGUCGGAGAUGUUGAAGGACUGGUGGCUGACUCACUGGGUAUCUAAUUCUAACACGGAUGUUGUCAACUCUUCCCUCUCCGGAUAUCAAUGUUUCUAUGACAACAUGUCAACACCACUCAGUUUCCAUGAACGUUAUGACUCAACGCCAAAUGCGACAUCUAGACAAUCCGGACUGGUCUACUACAUGGUGGUCUACGCGUGUCUCUCUGCUGUUUAUUCUCUCUUCUCUUUGGCCAGAGAGAUUCUCUUUGCCUACAGUGGGAUGAAUGUAGCUAGGACCAUGCACAGCGAUCUACUCAAUACCAUGUUUAAAGCGCCAAUGUCAUUCUAUGAUGUGACUCCUGUAGGACGAAUCCUCAACCGAUUUUCAUCAGACAUGGGGACCAUCGACGAUUCCAUAAGUCACAUGGUCAUGGUGGUUCUGAGUCAAUUUUUCGAAGUGGUUGGAACUAUAGCCAUGGUGUGUUACGGAAUGCCUUGGUUUAUAGCUAUCAUUAUACCCUUGGGCUCAAUCUACUAUCGGUUACAGGAGAGAUAUCGUCACACAUCACGAGAAGUCAGACGAAUUUCAAGUCUUAACCGGUCACCUAUCUUCUCCCACUUCUCGGAGACAGUGUCGGGAUUGGUCACAAUUCGAGCAUUCCGCGAAUCCGAAAGAUUCACAGACCAGCACAUUAAUCGAGUGGAAAACUGGUUAAAAACACAUUAUACAUCACACAAUCUAGGGAUGUGGCUUUGGCUCCGGACGCAAAUGUUUGGAAUUAUCAUGGUUACUGGAAUAGCUACUAUGGCCGUGAUUCAACACAAUUUCUAUGGCAUCGAUCCAGGAGUCGUCGGACUUGCCAUAUCUUAUAUUCUGUCGCUGUCUGGACUUUUAAAUGGAAUCGUCAACUGUGUGACUGAAACAGAGAAACAAAUGGUCAGUGUAGAAAGGGUUCAUGAGUAUAUAGAGGACACACCCAGCGAGAGAUGGGAAGGUUCACAGCCGUCUUCAGGAUGGCCGGCUGCAGGCGUCAUCAACUACAGCGAUGUCUACAUGAAGUACCGUAAUGGUUUACCAAACGUUCUCAAAGGCCUCACGUUCAGCACACGACCUGCAGAAAAGGUGGGGAUUGUUGGACGUACUGGAUCCGGGAAGUCCAGCCUUUUCCAGACACUGUUUCGUACAGUAGAGAUAAGCUCUGGCGAUAUUACCAUUGAUGGAGUGAACAUCCAGCAACUGGAUCUUAAGGACGUCAGACGACAUCUGGCUGUGAUUCCCCAGGAUCCGUUCCUCUUUAGUGGUACCGUCAGGGAGAAUCUGGACCCCACGUCCUCCUACAGUGACGAGGAACUUUGGGGUGUUGUGGACAGAUGUCAUCUCCGUGUGCCUGUCGACAGAUUGGGGGGUCUAGAGGGUGAAGUGGGUGAAAAAGGACGACAUUUUUCUGUUGGACAGAAACAACUCAUGUGUUUGGCUAGAGCGCUCCUCACUAAGGCAAUGGUGCUGUGUAUUGACGAAGCCACGGCUAGUGUAGAUUUAGAGACAGACAAACUGAUUCAGGAAACGAUCCGCAAGGAAUUUGUGAACAGUACAGUUUUAACCAUUGCCCAUCGUAUCAAUACAAUAAUGGACAGUGACAGAGUGUUGGUGAUGGACCAGGGUCAAGUGGCUGAGCUGGACUCUCCUGAAAAUCUUCUCAAAAACAAACAGUCUGAAUUCUACCAGUUAGUUCAUGGGAAACAAUCUUCAAAUUAGCGGAAACACAGAAAUUUGGAUAUUUUGUAAAGCUCAAAUAAAUAAUGGAUUAAUUAUAUAUUUGGCAUUUGCCAUCCGUUCGGUCGAUAUUUCAAAUUUUAGGGUAUAUGAAAUAGUAUUUAUUUUGAUUAAUGUUGAAGGUACAAAACACUGUAGAACCAUUCAAUAUAUGAUUCAAAUUGAAAUGUUAUUACAGUCUUUUCAUAGACGUUUAUAAUGUUUUUUUGUUAACUGCUUGUAUUAAAGAUGCUGGAUACAAAUUUUGCCAAAAUUCAUGAAAAGUUGUGAAAUAUUUUACAUAUUUAGUUCAAAAGAAUAUAUUGGAGUGUUCAAAAAAUAUUAUUUCAAAUCGUAAGUUGUGUAUUGUAUAUUUCUAUAUGCCAACGUCAAAUUGACGAAUCAAUAGUAAGCGUGUUACGUGUUAUUCGUUAUACAAUAUAUAGUAAUACUUCUGUAAUAAAGUUUGUAUUAUCUUAUUUUAUGAAUAACUGUAUAUGUUUUUGUAAAUGUAUUAAAAGUAACGUUAACCGUGUAUUAUUAUGGAAUCAAAUUAUGCACAUUUUUCUUUGUGUAUGUAAUGCUAACGUGCCUAUAUGCCUUAAAUGACGGGUAUAUCAAUUACUCUGCUAAACUGGUUUGUAAUCUGUAUAUGGAUAAACGACCAACUUCAUCUUUAGAAUGUAUUAAUGCAUGAUGCUAUUUUUAGGGUAGCAUUGUAUAUAUUAAUCGUGAUUUUUUUUUUUUUUUUUGUAUUACGUUUGGUAUUUUAUGAAUGAAUCCAUCUUAUGGGUUGGUUGUAUAGAUGAAUAAUGACCUCCUGUGUCGGUUGUAUAGAUGAAUAAUGACCUCCUGUGUCGGUUGUAUAGAUGAAUAAUGACCUCAUUUGCCGAUAGUAUAGAUGUGUAAUGACCUUCUGUGCCGAUUGUAUAGAUGAAUAAUUACCUCCUGUGUCGGUUGUAUAGAUGAAUAAUUACCUCCUGUGCCGAUUGUAUAGAUGUGUAAUGACCUUCUGUGCCGAUUGUAUAGAUGAAUAAUUACCUCCUGUGUCGAUUGUAUAGAUGAAUAAUGACCUCCUUUGCCGAUAGUAUAGAUGAAUAAUGACCUUCUGUGCCGAUUGUAUAGAUGAAUAAUUACCUCCUGUGUCGGUUGUAUAGAUGAAUAAUUACCUCCUUUGUCGAUUGUAUAGAUGAAUAAUUGUUUUUUGUAGGGAUGAAUGGUAUAAAUGAUGGAUUAACAUGUUAUUUUGUAUGAAUAAAUCCAUGAUGAUAAUUAUUGCCUGUUAUUCAUUAUAAAACCACUUGUACAAGGAGAAAGUGUAUGAAUACUAUUGUUUUGUCUGCAAUGUAUACAUUGUUAAACUAUGUUGUUGAUGUUUUAUUGUGUUCAUCUUGUGCAAUAAAGAAUAUUGUUAACA